UGCGUCGCAUCGCACCGACUCCAUCGAGUUCUAACCUGGAAGGCGUCCUCAUUGCGCGUUCGUCGUUACAGCACGUGGCUCCAGCACCAACUCACCGAUAAUAAACAUGAAGUUCAGGAAGGAAAACCAGUUGAGCAAGACUCAAAAUGUGAAAUCAGGAAACGCUCAGGCUAAACUAUCUGUGAAACAGCAGAAACGUAAGAAUAGUGAUGAGCAUGAAAAAGUAAAUUUGCUGCUUAAAGAAAGGGAAGGUUUGUCGCCAAAGAAGCAAAAAAAAGAUUUGAAGCAAGAAAAUAUUAAAAAGAAAAAUAUUAAUGGACAAAAAUCAAAUGAAUUGAACGAAGAAUUAGUUGAGAUCGAUGGAAAGCAAUUUCGUAAAAUACCAGUGGAGACACUAAAUCAAAAGAUUGCAGAUAUAAAAAGUCGAGAUGCUAUUACAAAAACUGCAAAAAGGAAGCUUGCCAAGCUUCAGGCAUAUUUGAAAUAUCCAGCAGAAGGCUCAGAUGUACUUGUACCACUUAUUGAGAAAGCAAAAGAAUCCAUCGAUGGGAAAAAGCAGGCAGCAAUUAAACAAAAGGGACAAAAGGCUUCAGGAAAUAAAAAUAAACAAAAUGACGGUCAUGGCAAAAAAUUAGUUUCUGCAAACGUUUCCAUUGGAGACGAAGAAGAAGAAGAUGAAGAUGACGAAGACGAAGAAGACUCCGGUUCCGAAGAUGCUGAUACUAGUUUGGAUGUAACUAAACCACAGAAAGAAAAACCUAACCCAUUUUCAAUUAAAUUGAAACAAGAUAACGAGGCUGGUGAUAAUUCUGAAGAUGAUGAGGAAGAUGAAAGUGACGAAGACACAGAAAUGCAAGUGGAUGAUGGUUCCGAUGAUGAAGAAGUUGUUGAUGAAGAGGGAAGUGAGGAUGAAGGUGAGAGCGAAGAUGACGAGGAAAAAGAGGGAGAACCCAAAGGAAACGAAGUAAAGAAAAAUGAACCGAAGCAGCAACAAAAGAAAGUAGAUGGGCCCAAGAAAAAGAGAUUUGUUCUCUUUGUUGGAAAUCUACCAUAUGAAGUGAAACAAGAAGAUCUCAGAAAACACUUUUUAACCAAAGUGAAGGAAAUUGUUGAUAUCAGAAUACCUAUCAAGCCUAAUACAAACUUAUCACGUGGCAUUGCCUAUGUUGAAUUGGCUAACAAUACUGAUUACGAGAAAGGAUUGUCUCUGCAUCAGACAUUCUUCCAUGGACGAAGAUUAAAUAUACAGUACACAAUGGGUGGUUCAAAGACCAGUUUCAGAAGCCAGGCGAUAACAGCAAAGAACAGGAAAUUUGAUGCACUGCGAAAAGCUGGAAUCCUAGCUGGUUCUGAGAGAAACAGUUUCAAACGAAAUGCGCGCAGAUUCAGACCGCAAACAACUCAAUAAUUAAACAGAAGCAAGCUUUGUAAAAGGCAAAAGGUGCAAUUACAAUUGAUUGAUCGUUGGUAAUGAGUAAUCUGACUAAAAUUUGGAACAUUCCACGUAGAAAAUUACAUUCUACAUCUUUUCAGUUUAAAUGUAUUUGAAGCUUACAGCUUUGUAUAAAAGCAUCAGUAUUUCAUUACCUGACUACCUGCAAGCAUCUUCGUAAUUACUAAAUAUCUAAAGAAUGUUGCUUGUACUAAAUAUUCCGAAUUUUAAUCAUAUUACUAUGUAUACUAUCAAUGACACGUGGACGAUCUGUUACCACUUUUAAUCAUUUUCAAUUGUAAACGAUUAGCAUCUUUCUAUCAUAAGAUUAAUUAUAAUUCUGUUUCGAAUUUCAACCUCGCUAGGUGUAUGUUACGAUAAAUGUUUACUUCAUGACUUACAUGUAUUGAGACUGUUUAUGUUAAAUAAACAAGAUUCCAUAUACAA